AUGGCUUUCAUUAUAAAUUCCAAAGUUGUUACCCCUACGAAGAUCGUCAAACCACCACCAAAAGGAUUAGUCUAUGAAAUUCCAGAAAGGUACAAAAACUCCUUCUACUUAGCAAAUGCGUCUCUAUUCGACAGUACCAACUGGUUCCUUCACAGAACUUUCGAGAUAUUCUUCCCCACUUUGAAGAAGGAGAUCAAAAAGUAUGAAAGGUACAAAUCCUUGAAUAACGAAAACCUUCACGCUAAAACUGAGAACCUUGUGCAGGUAUUGGACCAAUGUAACUCCAUAAUUGACGUGAGGUACCCUAUUAAAAGAGACAAUGGUGAAUAUAGGAUCAUCAGGGGCUUUAGGGUCAACUAUGGCCAAGAAACUGGCUACAAAUCUUGCCUAGGAGGCAUAAGACUUGGUCCUGACAUAACUAGAGAUCAUAUGAAAGGCUUGUCGGUCCUAUCAGCAUAUAGAAAUGCAAGCUUAGGCAUUAAUAUGUCAGGAGCUCACGGUGGAAUCAAGGUAGACCCCAAAACCUACUCGGACAAUGAGCUGAAGUCAAUUCUGGAGGGCUACACUAUCCAACUCAUGAAUAAGGGCUACUGUUGUGAACGAGACAUCGUUUAUCCAGAUAUGAGUUGUUCUGUCAAGGAGAUGGAUUGGAUUGCAAGAACUAUCGCCAAAUGUCGUGGUGAUGCAUCAAUAGUAACAGCAACAGGCAAGUCGCAAGAGCUUGGUGGAUUUGAACACUACGUCAAGAUGCUUUCGCAAGCUUCUUUCGCUGCUCUGAACUUCGUUUUGAAUAAUCAACAGAUGAUGGAUAAAGUUGGGUUGAAAACGGGACUUAAGGAUAAGACUUUUAUCCUACAAGGACUGGGUAAGCUUGGAGCGCCUCUGGCAAAAAUGUUGUCAGAAAAUGGGGCCAUAUGUGUUGGAAUUAAAGAUACGGAUGCCUUCAUUUACGACGCUAAAGGAAUUGACUUCCAGAAACUCUACGAGCACAAAAUGAAAAUGGGUACAUUAAAAAACUUUGGAUGUGCUAAAGAAGACACCAAGAACGAUGUCUACACUGAACCUUGCGACAUUCUGAUCUUCGCAGCUAAACAGAGGAGUCUCAGUUGCUACAUUGCUGAAAAUGUCAAAGCAAAAGUGGUUUUAGAGGCUGCUGAGGCACCAAUGACACCAACUGCUCACCAGAUUUUAACAGGGAAGGGUAAAAUUGUGAUACCUGAUCUAUAUGCUUGCUCAGGAGGAACAGUGUGCUCAUAUUUGGAGUUCCUCAAGGGUCUGCAGCAAAGUGGGAGGCUUAGUGAAGAUGCUUUGAGAUAUUCAGGUGAUAUUUACCAAUCUAUCUUGAAGAACAUGAGCGGUAAAGAGAUUCUAGAAGCUGGUGGUGUCACUAGACAUCUUGAAACACAUGUGGACGAGAAGACACUUAUAGAUUCUCUAGAUUGUAUCUUGACGGAUGUUGGAAAUGACAUAGUAAAACUGAACGAGGUUAACAAAUUGGGGACAGACCUGAGGACUCCAGCCUAUAUGCUAGGAUACUGCAGUGAGAAUCCUAGCACAGUCGCACCUUUCACGAAUGUUGCAUUCAGGUUACAAUGCGAUCCCGGCUUCAGUACUGUGAUUUUGUGAAAAGAAUUUUGAACAGGAUCGCAUGUUUUCACAGACAAUGCUACGAUUGGUGCCACAUCACGGCAUCACGCAUUAGUUAAAGAUGUAUACUAAUAAAGGUUUUUCAUACCUUUUCAAGUUAUGAUACUUGGGGCGUAACUAGCUUAGUAGCUUGUAGGUACGUAUACAUUGUAAGAGACCUUGGGGAAUAAACUGGUG